GAAAAAAAUGUUUUCGUGUAGAAGGGCCUUGAAACCCGUAUUAACUUCGUUUUCUAGGUCCUUCAGUAAUUUAAAUAAAGUUUUUAUARCUCGUAGAAUACCACAGCCUGCUUUGGAUGUCAUUACCUCAUCUAAUGUAUGUGAAGUAGAUCUUUGGGACUCAAAUGAACCAAUACCAAGAAAAGACCUUCUUGAGAGAGCAAAAGGAAAACAUGGUCUUUAUGUUCUUUUAACAGAAAAAGUUGAUGCUGAGCUUCUUAAUGCAGCAGGAGAUCAGUUGAAAGUUGUGAGCACWAUGUCUGUUGGAUAUGAUCAUGUUACUACUAGUGAACUCAAACAAAGAGGAAUUCUGUUGGGCUACACACCGCAUGUACUCACCGAUGCAACUGCAACAUUAACUGUUGGUUUAGUGCUUGCAACAAGCAGAAGACUCAUUGAAUCUGCCGCAGAAGUGAAAAGUGGAGGAUGGAGAACGUGGCAACCUUUGUGGAUGUGUGGUUCAACAUUAAGGGGGAGUACUGUGGGGAUUGUGGGACUAGGAAGAAUAGGAUUGGCUGUAGCGAAGAGACUUGUGCCAUUUGGUGUAUCAAGGUUUGUUUAUAGUGGGCGAAAGCCAAACAAAUCAGCUGAAGCGGAAGUGCCUGCAGACUUUGUGGAUAACAACUCUUUACUAAAAGAGUCAGAUUUCGUCAUUGUUUGUGCAGCACUGAACUCAGAGACUCAAGAAAUGUUCAACCGCGAUGCUUUCUCCAAAAUGAAAUCAACAGCCAUUUUUGUGAACACAAGUAGGGGGGGUCUUGUGAAUCAAGAUGAUCUGUAUGAUGCCCUARUAUCCGGACAAAUCAAGGCUGCUGGGCUCGACGUAACAGUUCCUGAACCUUUACCAGUCGAUCAUAAACUGCUCUCGCUUAAAAACUGUGUUAUUCUUCCUCACAUUGGAAGCGCCGAGGAAGCAACGCGCGUCGAAAUGGCGACUUUAGCAUCAAGAAACCUGAUCGCAGGGAUARCAGGAGAGAAGCUCCCAGCUCAAGCUCAAAUUUAAAAUAACAAUAUCAAUCUUUCUAUAACUUAUUGGUGCGAACUUCAAAGCGAAGCGGAUUAUUACAUGAACAUGAAAGAACAUACGUAAAUUAAUUGUAAUCUUUCUUCGGUUGGAGCUGUAAACGUUUAAUGUAUUCAGCACCGAAAUAAAUGACAAAGGGAAUUUUA